UAAAGAAGCACUUUAGCAAAAACCUUCCCAUCCCAUCUCUCAUCAAUGGUGUGAGUGCUUGUUACAAGGUGGAGCUUUACGCAAUCCCAUUAUACCUUCCAUCUUCUCCCUCCUUCCUCCAUCCAUCCAAUCCAACCACAAUAAAAUCUCUAAAAUCUUUCUAUCUCUUACUAUCACUUCCAUUCAAAAUUCUCCACUGUUUUUUUUUUUCUUCACACCUUUUGAACCACCACAACAAAAUCAACAACCCCUUUUGUUAAAUCACAAUUUUUUUUCUCUAUAUGCUUUCAAGUUUCGAUUUUUUGAAUAACGGAAAAAAAAAGCUUAGUGGGGUUUUUGUAAUUUUUUUCUUUCAAUUUUCAUGGGUAACGUAGGAAGUUCACACAGUCGUCGGAGACACGGCGGCGGUGGGAGUGGCCGACGUGUUCAUCCACCGGUGAUUCCUCCUCCUCCUGUACAAGAAGCUGUGGUUAACCCAUACGCUCAUCCUGCCGCUGCUCCAGUGUACCAGAAUUACCCGAAUAACUAUCCUCCGCCGGGGAGUGUUCCGAUGCCGUUACCUGCGCCGUAUGAUCAUCAUCACCGGACGGGGAUGGAACCGGUAUAUGGACGGUAUCCGGCGCCACCGCCGGCGCCGUAUGUGGAGCAUCAGAAAGCUGUUACUAUUAGGAAUGAUGUUAAUAUCAAGAAGGAGACGCUGAGGAUUGAAGCUGAUGAGGAAAAUCCUGGGCAGUUUCUUGUUGCGUUUACUUUUGAUGCCACUGUUUCUGGGAGCAUCGCGGUACUUUUCUUUGCAAAGGAAGGUGACGGGUGUGUCCUUACCUCGACGAAGGAAAAUGUUCUUGCACCGGUUAUUAUAAAUUUCCAGCAAGGUCUUGGCCAGAAGUUUAUACAGCCAGCUGGAACUGGUAUCACUUUCUCAAUGUUUGAGGAAUCUGAGUUAUUGAAAGUGGGCGACGUGGACGUCUAUCCUGUAGCAGUUAAAGCAGAUGCAUCUUCCGGUGCCGAGGAUGGAUCAAAUGAAACUCCUAAAUCUGGUAGUAAAACAAACACAAACAACUCUCAGAUAACUCAAGCCGUAUUUGAGAAGGAGAAAGGAGAAUUCCGGGUGAAGGUUGUUAAGCAGAUAUUGUGGGUGAAUGGAAUGAGGUACGAGCUGCAGGAGAUAUAUGGUAUUGGAACUUCAGUCGAAAGUGACAUGGAUGGGAAUGACCCUGGAAAAGAGUGCGUAAUCUGCUUGUCAGAACCUCGCGACACAACUGUCCUUCCUUGUCGCCACAUGUGCAUGUGUAGUGAAUGCGCGAAGGUCUUAAGGUUCCAGACGAAUAGAUGUCCAAUCUGCAGACAGCCAGUUGAGAGGCUUUUGGAGAUCAGAGUUGGGCCCGAGCCUGAGCCUGAAUCAAAGCCCGAGGCCGAGAAGUGAAGAUACGACGUUACUGACAACAAAAAUCCUGUACAGUCCAAAUGUUACUAUAGUUAAUGCAUUUCACUUACCUAAUUUCAUGUUUUUUUUUUCUUCAAUAAUCCAAAAAAAUAGAAAUUGGAAUUUAUGAAUGACAUUAUGUUUAUAACAUGGAUUGGUUGUGGUUGGCAUUGCACCUGACUGUAUAAGCAAAUGCCUCCACCAUGCCUGCUUGAUUUCACAUCUAACUUCUAAAUGGCUUCAAUGUAUAAUUUGAUGUUUUUUUCCA